AUGAACGCUCCGACCACGGACACCACCGGCAUGAACCCGGAGCGUGCGUCCAUGCUCCGAGACAUCGCCGCCGGUGGUGAGGAUAGGUCCCUCGAGACAGAAGCUGACAAGGAGCCCAAGCCAGGCCCCCAGCGCAGCGGUGCCAACGGCAUCAGCCUGGGCAAGCCGGCCGCCAACGCGGCUGGCUCUCGAUCCAACCAGAACAAGUCGCCGGUCUCCGUGGUGCCCCUCAAGCGGUCGCGCAGUGCCGUUGAUGAGCAGGACAACGUCGUCGCGCCGGGUCCGCGUCUGCUGGUUAUUCGGGCCCCUCUCUUGGACCUUGCGCCCCCAGCCAACCCGGACACCUUUUACCUGGCCAAUCUCCUGGCCUACCGUCCAUUUCGCCUGAUCUUGGAGAGCUCGCCGGUCCAGAACAUGGCACCCGUGGCGCGGACGCACUUUUUGCAAAUCAGCGGCGCAGGCCUCGUCAUCAACGAGAUAGUCCGAACGCACUCCAACCUGCCCAUCCUGCACCUGCCGACGAUGGGCGCCCUCAACGCGGGUCUGAUCGCCCCCGAUGGCGGCGUCGACCGAGUGGCCCGCGGCGCGCGUCUCGAGGACCUGUGGGCUCGCAUGUCGCCCGAGGGCAAGUACAACAUGGCACGCCAGCUCGGUCGGCUGGUGAAGCAGAUGCGCAAGACGCCGCAGAACCCUCGCCAGGCAGCCACGCGACAGCUCGGCUCCGUACACUCGGGCGGCUACACCCUGCUCGUCGACCGACGCCAGAACAGCACCUACUGGGCCGUCCGCGAGAAGCCCACGCAGGAGCAGUUUGUUGCGUUUUUGCUCUCCACGCUGUCGACGUCGUGCGCGCCGGCAGUGGCCGGACGCAUCGCCAAGCACUUUUCCAAGUCGACCUCGCUCGUCCUGUGCCAUGGUGACCUCUGCCCGCGCAACAUUAUCGUCCACAACCACUUAGUCGUCGGCAUCAUCGGCUGGGACUGCGCCGGCUGGUACCCCAAAUGGUGGGAGUACGUCAAGUUCUUUGAGACCUUUACCAAUCCAAUGAACCAGGAUUGGUACGAUUAUGUCGACGAGAUUCUCGACACUGCAUACACCGACGAGAUGGUUGCGUACCAGAGCGUGAUGCGCUGGCCCCCCGCGUAA